UGUUCUUUUGAGUUCUCUUCUUCCCGGGUUUUCAACUCUUCACAAAAACCAUCCCGGUUUCCAAAACGGUUUCCUGUCCGGUCCGGUCGAUUCAAUGAUUGGCCGAUCCGAAUCCAUCUUCAACUAGAUCUCAUCAAUUCACCUUCUACGGCUUUCCCACCUGUUCACCCGCCAGAAACCGCCGUCUUCUGGUUUCUCCGUUUACCGGUCUGAAAGUUAAAAAGCUGAAAAGUCUUUCUCACGGAGCCGUUGCAGUUUAAGUUCGUUAGCUUUGCUUCAUCUUCUUAAUUCAUCAUAUUUUUCAUUUUUGUUUUUUCGUCAAGUUUUGCUGAAAUUCUACGAUUUGAAAUGACGCCGGGGACGAGGAUGCCGACAUGGAAAGAGAGAGAGAACAACAAGAGGAGAGAACGGCGGAGGAGAGCAAUUGCCGCGAAGAUCUUUGCCGGACUUCGGAUGUACGGUAACUAUAAGCUUCCUAAGCACUGCGAUAACAAUGAAGUUCUCAAAGCUCUUUGUAAUGAAGCCGGUUGGACUGUUGAACCCGACGGCACUACUUAUCGAAAGGGUUGCAAGCCUUUGGAGCGCAUGGAUAUGGUAGGCGGAUCUGCAACAGCGAGCCCCAGUACAUCUUAUCACCCGAGCCCCUUUGCUUCUUACAACCCAAGCCCCAUGUCAUCAUCCUGUCCAAGCCCAGCUUCGUCUUCGUAUGUGGUUAAUCCCAAUGGUGAUGGGAGUUCUCUUAUCCCAUGGCUCAAAAAUCUCUCAUCUGCAUCCUCGUCGGUGUCGUCUUCCAAGCUUCCUCAUAUCUAUAUUCCUAGUGGUUCUAUCAGUGCUCCUGUCACCCCUCCAUUAAGCUCACCAACAGCUCGAACCCCACAAACGGAAACUGUUUGGGAGGACCAACCUGCUGGUCCGGGUUGGAGUGCACAACAACACUCUUUCCUGCCCUCUUCAACUCCACCUAGCCCUGGUCGUCAUAUGAUUCCUGACCCGGAGUGGUUUGCCGGGCUUCGAAUUCCUCGUAGUGGGCCAACUUCUCCCACAUUCAGCCUCGUCUCCUCAAACCCCUUUGGCUUCAAGGAGGAAGUUUUAGCAGGUGGAGGAUCUCGAAUGUGGACUCCGGGGCAAAGCGGGACAUGCUCUCCUGCAAUAGCCGCAGGAUUGGAUCACACAGCCGAUGUCCCCAUGUCCGAAGUCAUUUCAGACGAGUUCGCAUUCGGAAGCAAUGCAACGGGACUCGUAAAACCGUGGGAAGGAGAGAGGAUUCAUGAAGAAUGCGGAUCAGAUGAUCUAGAACUCACUCUUGGCAGUUCCAGCACUAGGUGAGUAUCGGAUAUAGAUAUGUUCCGAGUAUCAUACCUGUUUAAGUGUCGGACAAAAAUAUUUUCGAAACAAAAACAUAAAAAAAUGGGGAUAAAUGGUACGACUUGUAUGAUUGAUUGAUGUCUGUCUUUAGUUGUUUUUGCCAUAGGAUGAAACGCCUUAAU